AUGGCGUCACUCUCAGAGCCCGUGACUUUCCGAGAGUUCUGUCCCCUGUACUAUCUCCUCAAUGCCAUCCCCACAAGGAUCCAGAAGGGUUUCCGCUCUGUCGUGGUCUACCUCACGGCUCUCGAUACCAACGGGGACUACAUCGCAGUGGGCAGCAGCAUCAGCAUGCUGUACCUGUACUGCCGGCACGCCAACCAGAUGAGGAAGUACAACUUCGAGGGGAGGACCGAGUCCAUCACGGUGGUGAAGCUCCUGAGCUGCUUUGAUGACCUGGUGGCUGCGGGCACGGCCUCGGGCAGGGUGGCAGUGUUUCAGCUCGUGUCUUCGCUGCCAGGGAGAAAUAAACAGCUUCGCAGGUUUGAUGUCAGCGGUAUUCACAAAAAUAGCAUCACAGCUCUGGCUUGGAGCCCCAAUGGGAUGAAGCUCUUCUCUGGGGACGACAGAGGGAGGAUCGUCUAUUCUUCUCUGGACCUAGACCAGGGUGUCUGCAACUCCCAGUUGGUGUUGGAAGAGCCGUCUUCAAUCGUGCAGCUAGAUUAUAGCCAGAAAGUGCUGCUCAUCUCCACCCUACAGAGAAGUCUGCUCUUUUACACGGAAGAGAAGGCCGUCAAGCAGAUUGGUGCCCAGCCGAGGAAGACUGCCGGGAAAUUUGGUGCUUGUUUUAUACCAGGGCUCUGUAAGCAAAGUGAUCUGACCCUGUACGCAUCAAGGCCUGGGCUGCGCCUGUGGAAGGCUGACAUCCAGGGGACUGUCCAGGCCACAUUCAUCUUAAAAGACGUCUUUGCUGGGGGCGUCAAGCCCUUUGAACUGUACCCACGCCUGGACCCCGCUGACCAGGGGAGCUGCAGCACGCCCGAGAAGCACCUGGGGCUGGUCUCCUGUUUCUCUCAGGAAGGCUGGGUGUUGAGCUGGAAUGAGUAUAGCGUUUACCUCCUGGACACCAUCAACCAGGUCACAAUUGCAGGUUUGGAAGGAUCAGGUGAUAUCGUGUCUGUUUCCUGCACAGAAAAUGAAAUCUUUCUCCUAAAGGGAGAUAGGAACAUUAUCAGAAUUUCGAGCAGGCCUGAAGGAUUGGCAUCAGUAGGGAGAGACAGUCUGGAAACCUCAGGGUGUGUGGAGCGCAUCCAUGUGCAGCAUGCAGAGAAGCCGCCAGGGGCCCCGGUGCCUGAGACACGACUCCGGGGCCCCUCAGUGGCCAGCGAGCCCAGGAGUCGGAGCAGCUCGCUCAACUCCACGGACAGCGGCUCCGGGCUGCUGCCACCCGGCCCUCUCGCCACCACCGAACCCAGGCAGGGCAACCAGCCCUCCUCACAGAGAUUCAGCGUGAUCAGCUCGGAAGAUUUCGACCAAGAGCUUGUUGUGAAACCUAUCAGAGUGAAAAAGAGGAAGAAGAGGAAGCCAGAAAGCGGGAGCAGGAGCACCUGCCACAGCUCCCUGGAGUCGACGCCCUGUUCUGAGCUGCCCGGCGGGAGUCCCCACUCCCUGACUGCGGACUUGCUGUCCAUGACCUCCAGUGUCCUGGGCAGUAGCGUGGACCAGCUGAGUACAGAAUCUGCUGACCUGGAGAGCAGCCUCUGUGGGGAGCUGAACGGCGGCCUGCCGGAGACCAACUCUGAGCCUUUCAGCAUGCUGGAGGUCCCCGAGUCAGCCCCCAGUUUCCUGGGUGAAGAGAGUGAUGACAGAGCUGAAACCCUACAGCGUGACCUUGCCAGUGACGUGGACCUGCUCCAGGGAAGGUGUGAUGCGCCCUUGCUCUUGGGGGCUGAUGUGGACACAGACCUUGGAGAGGAGCAGAGUCCUGCAGAGAACAGGCCCAGCCGUGAGCCGUCACCCUUCCAAGAACAAGACGGCUCCCCCGAGUCACCUGAGGCAGAGGAGGUGGAGCCCAGCAGCCCCCCCCACAAGUCUCCUGCGGUCCCCCGUCUGGACCCUCUCGCUGUGCCUUUCAGCGUUGCUGUGGCCUCAGGUGCAGAGCAGCCACCGCCUGGGCCCAGGACUGAUGGAGGCUGCUCCUUGGAGCCCACGGAGGAGCCAGGCUUCCUGCUGGGCCUCGGGGGCCCCUCCUUCCUCAGCCCACAUCCCAGGCAUGAUGGUCCUGGAGGUGACAGGAGUCCAGCAGAAGUGGCCGAUCCAGAGUGUGACUCGGGGGCCACAGGGGGACAGUUGGACGCUCCAGCCUCUGUCUCGUCAGUCAGCACCCACAGGCCUCAGCUUGAGCAGCCGUCACGGGACCAGACAUCCACAUCCAGCGACGAGGAGGACAUCUAUGCCCACGGACUCCCCUCAUCACCCUCAGAGGCCAGCGUGGCAGAGCUUGGAGGCAGCCGUUCACUCCCAGAGAUGGGCCAGCCGGGUGCAGAUGCCACCGGGCUGCUGAAGGCAGACCAGUUUGCAGAGAGCUGGAUGGGCUACUCUGGCCCCGGCUAUGGCAUCCUCAGCCUGGCGGUCUCCGAGAAGUACCUCUGGUGCCUGGACUACAAAGGUGGCCUGUUCUGUAGCGCGCUGCCUGGCGCCGGGCUGCGGUGGCAGAAGUUCGAAGACGCCGUCCAGCAGGUGGCAGUCUCGCCUUCAGGGGCUCUUCUCUGGAAGAUUGAACAAAAGUCCAACCGCGCAUUUGCUUGUGGAAAAGUGACCAUCAAGGGAAGGCGGCACUGGUAUGAAGCUCUGCCCCAGACGGUGUUUGUAGCAUUGAGCGAUGACACGGCCUGGAUCGUCAGGACAAAUGGAGAUCUGUACCUGCAGACAGGCCUCAGUGUGGACCGCCCAUGUGCCAGGGCCGUGAAGGUCGACUGCCCAUACCCACUGUCCCAGAUCGCAGCCCGCAACAACGUGGUGUGGGCGCUGACGGAGCAGCGGGCCCUGCUGUACCGAGAAGGCGUGAGCAGCUUCUGCCCCGAAGGCGAGCAGUGGAAGUGCGACAUCAUCAGCGAGAGGCAGGCGCUCGAGCCUGUCUGCAUCACCCUCGGGGACCAGCAGACGCUCUGGGCCCUGGAUACCCGAGGAAACCUGUGGUUCAGAACAGGCGUGCUUUCCAAGAAGCCGCAAGGAGAUGACAACCAUUGGUGGCAAGUGAGCAUCACAGACUACGUGGUGUUUGACCAGGGCAGCCUGUUCCAGACAAUAAUCCACGCCACGCACUCGGUGGCCACAGCGGCUCAGGUGCCAGUCGAGAAGGUGGCAGACAAGCUGCGCAUGGCAUUCUGGUCUCAGCAGCUCCAGUGCCAGCCCAGCCUCCUGGGCGUCAACACCUGCGGUGUCUGGCUCUCCUCGGGCAGGAACGAGCUCCACGUCGCCAAGGGCAGCCUCAUAGGCACUUACUGGAAUAAUGUUGUUCCCCGUGGGACAGCUUCCGCAACAAAAUGGGCCUUUGUGCUGGCCUCUGCAGCACCUUCAAAGGAAGGAAGCUCCCUGUGGCUGUGCCAGAGCACCAAGGACCUGUGCCGCCUCAGCGCCCAGAGUGCCCAGUCCCGCCCCUCCACCGUGCAGCUGCCCCCCGACACUGAGAUGAGGGCCUACGCUGCCUGCCAGGACGCACUGUGGGCGCUGGACAGCCUCGGCCGGGUGUUCAUCAGGACGCUGUCCCGCAGCUGCCCCACAGGGAUGCACUGGACUCGGCUGGACCUUUCCCAGCUAGGAGCCAUAAAGCUGACAAGCUUAGCGUGUGGCAGUCAACACAUCUGGGCCUGUGACUCCCGGGGUGGCGUUUACUUUCGCGUCGGAACCCAGCCUCUCAACCCCAGCCUGAUGCUUCCUGCCUGGAUAACAAUUGAGCCACCUGUCCAGCCUGCUGGGCUCAUCUUGGUCAGCAUCCACUCCAGCCCCAAUGACCGAAUGCUUUGGGCAGUUGACAGCAAAUGGGGCGUGCAUGUCCGCAUUGGGAUCACUGAGGAGAUGCCAGUGGGGACCAGCUGGGAGCACGUGCCAGGGCUGCAGGCCUGUCAGCUGGUGCUGAGCACGAGGACUGUGUGGGCCCGCUGUACCAAUGGAGACCUCGCCCGGCGGUAUGGAGUCACGGACAAGAACCCUGCAGGAGACUACUGGAAGAAAAUUCCUGGGAACGUGUCGUGUGUCACAGUGACUGCUGCGGACGAGCUGUGGGCGAUUGGCCCACCAGGCUGCCUCCUCCAGCGCUUGACAAAGACAUUCAGCCAUUCACACGGCGCCCGGAAGGGCAGCCUGGCCGCUGCCGCGCCCCACCCUGAGGACUUUGAGGACGAGUGGGAGGUCAUCUGA